UUUACGUAGUUUUUCAGAGUUUUGGUGUUUUGAGUGGAUAGUCAGUGGUGAUGUAAGCAAAAUUUUUCGACAUCAUGAUAAGUCGUGGAAAAAACUUAGUAUAUUUGGCCAGAAGUGGAAAAUCUAAUGUACCAUUAAACGAAGUGAAACUAGAUGAAUCCGACGAACACUCGGACGAAUAUAAUUAUGAUUAUUUAGAAGACCAAUAUGCAGAAGACCCGUGGUCACAUUUUAAAAAGUGGCAAGCAGCAAAGAAAAUAAAAAUACCAUUGGCUCAAAGAUUGAAUAACUCAUACUGUAAUCAAAAGGACAACCAUAUGGAAAAUGAUAAUCAAAAUUUUGAAGAACGUGUGCUUGAAGAAUUAAGACCACUUGAAACUAGCCCACAACUCUCAACGUUAGACCACAAUCUUCAGGGAAAUGUUCAAACCGGAUCUGAGAAUAGUGUUAAUAGCGUUUUAAAUGAUAUUCAAAAUCAUGAAGACCCUGUUAACCAAUUAACGCCUCUAACUACUACAGAAGCGGUGCAUACAUGUAACGAUCAACUUCUGAAUUCCGCCGAAAAGGAAGAUCAUAAUAGUGAUGACGAAAAUUCGCAUUUGUCGGAGAGUUCCCUAUUUGCAGAUUCAUCAGUUUCUUGGAAGCCCAAUCAAGAGAAUGAUGUCACUUCAGAAGAUAAUUAUUCCGAGAUAAGCGAGUCUAUCCCCCGAAAAUCACCUAUAUAUUUUCAUGCCGCUUCUAAGGAACGUCAGUCAUCAAAUCCUGUCAAGUGUAUUGAAAGUUCUCUUGACGCGAAAAAUCCACUCCCAACGAGUCCAAAACCAUUACCUACAUCAGACUGUGAUUUAUCGGGUUCCACUCGAAGACCAAUUCAUAAAAAUCCUGUGGAACACAGUCUACGUAAGGGAAGAGUAUGGGACAAAAAGGAUCGCUGCUCUUACUGUGAUAAAGACGUCACUAAUUUUUCAAGACAUCUUUUUAGAAAACAUGCAGAAGAAGAAAGUGUACGAAAAAUCCUUGAACAGCCAAAAGGUGAACGCAAAAGAAAAAUUAUGAUUGAUCUCAUAAGAAAGCAAGGGAAUUUUACAGUACUAGGAGAGAAUAUAACGAGGCCGGUUCAAAGACCGUCUGCAAUACAAAGUAAAAAUGAUGAAAUUCUCCCAACAGAUUACCUUCCAUGCAUUUAUUGUAAAGGAUUAUACAAAAAAAAAUCUCUACGGAGGCACGCCCUUACUUGCUGUUACAAUAAAGAGAUUAAUCAAAAACACAAUUUUGCAAGCGAGGGUCAGACAAUGAUUGCUUUUACUGAAUCUCGUCAAGAAUUUCUAAAAAAAUCAAGAUUGAAAUGCGAAGUGUUUAGCAAAAUGCGUGCUGACAGAAUAUCUUUAAACGGAAAAAGUGACCCAAUAAUCUGUCAAUAUGCAGAAGACUACCUGCGCAAACAUAAAAGACCACAUAUCAAAAAUGCGGUAUCAAACAAAGUGAGGGAAUUGGGAAGACUUCUCAUUCCACUUCAAGAUAUUUAUAAAAUUAAUUCCAUGCUAGAAGUGUUAAAACCUGAACACUUUGAUAAAGUAGUUUCCGCCAGCCGCAUAAUUUCGGGUUACAAUGAAGCAAAGCGAUCCUUUAAAGCGCCUUCUCUUGCUCUUCAUAUGAAAACAAUAUUAUUAGCUGUAUGCUCUUCAGCUAAAACUCUUAUGUUAAAAAAACAUCCUAUUUUGGGGAUUACCGAUUAUGACAUAGCACUCAAAAAUGUUAAGGGAUUUCGGGAGUUGGUCGAUGCUAACUGGAAAUUUGAAAUGAGCAGUCUGGCACUAAAGGACCUUAAUGAAAAGCAAUCAAUAAAUCCGCAGAAAUUACCAGUAACCCAGGAUAUUAUUUUAUUCAGAAAUUAUACGCAAGAAAUUGCGGAAACAUGUGUGAAAGAACUAGAAACGAAUUCAGAAAACUUGACGUCAUUCAAAAAACUUACGGAAGCGGCUUUGGCUCUGACAAUAAUUUUAAAUAGGAAGAGAAUCGGAGAUGUACAAUAUACACAAUUAGAAUCUUAUAAUCGAAUAUCAACAAGUACCAACCAAGAGGAGUGCCUUAGUUCCCUAAAUGAAUGUGAAAGAGAAUUAUCGAAGCAUUUUAAACGCAUUACCACAGUGGGAAAAGGAAGUCGGUCAGUUCCGAUACUUUUUUCAAAAAAUGUACAAAAAUACAUAGAAACACUUCUAUCAGUCAGAAGAAAAACUACGUUCGUACCGCAUGAGAAUCCAUUUUUAUUCGCGUUAACAGGAAGCUCAACUAAAUGGGUGGAUGGAUCAGCCGUAUUAAGAAGAUAUGCAGUCAAAUGUGGGGCCAAAAAUCCUGGUACUCUAACCUCUUCUCGCCUUAGAAAACAAAUUGCAACUGUCCUACAGAUUUUAAACCUUAAUGACACUGAAAUGGAGCAAGUGGCCACCUUUAUGGGCCAUACCAAAAAAACCCACGAACAAUUUUAUAGGAUGCCGCAGGACGUUUUUCAAACUGCAAAAAUAGCCAAGUUACUUCUAAUGAUGGAAAGGGGAGUCGGCAGCCAGAAUCAGGGUAAAACUCUUGAUGAAAUCAACGUCGAAUUGGAAUCGUGGAAUGGAAAAUCUCUUGAAGACCCUGGAAGUGAAUCAGAGGACCAUGAUUUGGAGGAAAAAAGCGCACAUGAUGAACCAAAGGAAGAAGAUGAAAGAAUUAGACUAGACAUGCCAACUAUGUCUGUGACUAGUGUUAACGUUACGCAAACCAACAAGCACAAAGCUCAAACUAUGUCUGAUGAUUCUCCACUCAAAAAGAAAAAGAUAUCUAAAGAAAAACCCAAAAAAGAGAAAUGUCGUGGAACAUGGAACGACAAGCAAAAGUCCAUAAUGUUAAAUUAUUUUAAGAAUCAUAUUAAAAACAAAAUUUCGCCGAAAAAAGCGGAAUGCUUAAAAUUACAACAGGAAAAUUUUGAUUUGUUUAUGAACAAGACUUGGGUACAAAUUAAAGUAUAUAUUUAUAAUACUUAUAAAAAUAAAUAAAAUUGUAAUA